AUUGGAUGAAGCAAUUCUUACCUCUCAAUAGUAACUAAAAUAUUCCCACUGAGAAAAUAGAUUCCUAUAUCUCUUAUAUGGUAAUUAAUGUCAUAACAAUAUAGUCUUAAGUGUACAGUGUUUAAUAAUAUAUGUUAAUUCAGGCUUAAAAUUAGAUAAUGUAGGCACAAUUAUUGAAAUUGUAAAGUGGCUCUUAGAACUAGAAUGCCAUUUUGCAACAAAAAAUAAUAAAAUUGUUAGAACAGAUUUUAUAAAAAGGAAUUUAGAUUUCUAUAAAGGACUCUCUUCCAUAAUCUAAAAUGCCUAUUUUGGCUAAAUAUAUAGCAAACAUAUUUAUAUAUCUAAUGAAAUAAUGUUCUUCGGAGUAGGAUGAAGUCACAGUGAAUUAUAUAAAAGACCCUAAUUCGAUAGUAAUUGAUUAGAAACAAUGGGACUUAAUUUGUGAGGUAAUCAGUAAAAAGUUAGUUUGUCUUGGAGCUAAUGAUAUAUUUUGCACUAAUGGUAUGGAUUAUAAUUUUUAUAUAGAUUCAUAAAUUGGAAUUAUUAGUUAAUCUUUAUUAUUUAGCAGUAUCAUAAGGAAAGUAAUUUUCAAGAAAUUACAUACUUAAAGCGAGGGUGGAAGUGCUCAAUAGAUAAGCUUUUAGACACUGAAUGAUUUAUUAGGUUAGGAGAAUAGAUCAGAUGAAUUUUUAUACAAAUUCUUGUGUGAAGAGGAUAAGAAUACAAUGAGCAAGUAGUCCUGUUAGAGCUCUUUAGAAAAAAUGUUCUAAAAAAGCAACUAAUAUUUUCAUUAAUCUAAUCUAAUUGAGUAAAUAAUAGAGAAUUAAAAAUAAUUUAAUAUUAAUGGAAAUUUUGAGCAUCAUGCUGAAAAGGUAUAAAAUUGAAUUAUUGUAGUACUUAAAUAUAAUUAAAGUAUAUUAAAAUUGUGAUUAAAAACAAGUGAUUGAAUAAUUGGUUAAAGGAUUGUUUUUGAAUUCUUAGUAAAUAGAUUGUAAAGAGUUCAUUUUUAAUUCAAACAGAUUAGAGGAGAAAUUAUAAAAAUUGUUAUUUAUGUUUGUGGAUUUGGUAAGAAUAGAAAACUCUAUAAUAUAAAUAGUGUUAGAAAAUAAAAUGUAAAUAUUAAUAAAUAGACAUAGAUCUGAAGAACCAUAGAAAAAUCCAUUAGAAUAUUAUGCAAAAUUAAUAGAGAGGAUAAAAAACAAGUGUAGAAGUAAAGAAGAUGAGUUUUGUAAUUGUAAAAGAUGUCAAUGCAUAAAACGUAAUAGAGAUAGUGCAAGAGAAGCACAAAAAAGAAAGAGAGAGGCUUUAGAGAAGAUUGGACCACUUUAGUAAGAGUAUGAGAAGAUAACAAAGAAAGUAAUAGAAUAUAAAUAAUUUUAGGUCAAAUUAUUAGAGUUUGAUAAUUCAAAGUUAAAGGCAGCUUUAUUUGAUGCAUUAAGAAAUCCAGUUAUAGAAAACUUAAUCAAAACAUAGUACUCUGGAGCUUUUUCAAAUUUAUCAAAUCUGAUGUAAUAGGAAUCAUAUGAUAUAUAAAAAGAAGAAGAUCAAUCACAAUCCUGAAAGACU